AUGGCUCCUAAUCUCCGGGGCGGCAACGCGAGCGGCAACGCGAGCGGCGACGGGCGACGCCUGAUCGACGUCGUCUUACAAGCUCUCCGAGAACUGCGCGACGGCCGCGGUUCAACCAUCAAUCAAAUCUGGGCAUGGCUGCAGUCGAACACUUAUUCCGCUAUAGGGGUAAAUAAGCGGCAGCUGCUCGUAACGCUGAAGAGGGGCGUGGAGAACGGGACGCUGACAGUCCGCAGCGGGCGUUACAAGCUGGCGACGCGCGAUGACCGCCGUGAGCUGCGCAGCGUCAGGAGAAACCGCCGUCGCAGCGGCAGACGACGCCGCCGCAGCCCCAGACAAGCCCGCCGCCGCAGCCCCAGACAAGCCCGCCGCAGCUGCAGGAGGCGCCACCGCAGCUUCUCCAGGAGGCGCCGUCUCAGCUGCCGCAUUGUCACCGAAUGGCUGAAUAAAUAUUUCUAA